CCCGAAGCUCCUCAACUCGAUAGCGUCCUUCCUCGCCCUCGCGGCCUCACAACUAUUAUCAUUAUACUACCUUCUUCGACAAAUCUAAAUCUUACACAUGGCGAGCAGUAGCACUAUCGGUCUCCCUACAACCGAUGAGGAAAGGGUGUGGGCGGCGAUCGAAUCCCUGUCUUUUCGCGUUGAUGAUAUCCUUCUGAAGGAAUUACCACCCCUCAAGAAUGAUACUUCAAAGGCCUUGAAAAAAGUGGAAAAGUCAAAGAAGAAGCAGGACGAAUUGGAGUCGAGCCUUCAAGCCCUUCAGACGUCCAAGAUCGACGCCAUCGACCUCGACACUGCCGUCAAUGCCGCCAUUGCGGCCAAGAUCGAUGCCGGCGACUUCGACAACGCCAUCAAUGCCGCCAUUGCGGCCAAGAUCGAUGCCGGCGACUUCGACAACGCCAUCAAUGCCGCUAUCGCGGCCAAGAUCGACGCAGCCAUCAAUGCUGCCGUUGCAGCCAAAUUCGACGCGGUCAAAGUCGAUGCGGCCGUCACGAGCAGGAUCGACGCUGCUGUAGCCAAAAUUGAUGAAGAGAAGAAGGCUCUCAAGGCGAAAAAGAAGGAGGCAGCUGCGAAGUUUGAUGAGAGGGCGGGUAUUUUGGAGGCGCGGGAGAAGGCCCUCUUGGCGGCUGAGCGCAAGGAAAGGAGAGACAACAGGAAGGAAGGAUUCUAUGCGGUCAGCGAUAGACGGAUUGACUUCCGCGAGACGGUAUCGCACAAACACGUCGACUCCCCAAUGCCGGGUCCGUCCAAGACCGCCGCCGCGCGUUGCGAUUCCCCGAUGCCCGGUCCGUCCAAGACCGCUGACUUCCGCGAGCUGGUAUCGCACAAUCAGAAGAAGAAGAAGGACGACGGCGAGGGGAAGAGGAAGAAGGACGGCGAGAGGAAGAGGAAGAAGGAGGACGACCUCGAAGAGACCUUGAUCUCGCCGCCUCCCAAGAAACGUUGA